GCGCGGCCCGGCCCCACUCCCAGCCAUGCCGUGGCCGCGGGCGGAGCUGUCUGGGCGGCUCCGGUACCGGGGCGGCUCCCGCGGGCCCCGCCUCAGCCUCCUGCACCUGAAACUCACCGACCCGGCGCUGCGGGCGCUGCGGGACUGUCAGCGGCUGCAGGGCUCAGCCCAGCCUGUCAUCGCCUUCCAAGGGAGCCAGGGGUACAUCAAGAUCCCCUGUGGCCUGGGCAGCCUUGAGGAUGGAGCUCGCCUCUUCACCUUCUACCUGUCCCGCUACAGCAAGGACAAGCCGCAGGCCAGCUUCGACUGCAUCCGGCAGUACGUCUCCAGGUUGGGUCAGAACCAGCUGGACUGUGUGGGCAGUAUCCAGGAGAAAAUCACCGUCUGUGCCACCGAUGACUCGUACCAGCUGACGCGGGAGCGUGUGUCCCAGGCAGAGAAGGAGGCGUGGAGCAGAGCUGCUAUCGAGAUCAAGCCAGCAGCCCCAGGCCAUGGUAAAUGUGUCACCAUCCCAAAGAAGCUGGGCAUGAGCCCCUCAUUGGGGAAGUGCCCCACUCCAGGGGGCAGGAAAUGUAGCCCCAUGGGGCCAGAUCACAGGGUUCUUGUGAAAUGCCUAGUGCAGCUUCUGGCUCUGCGGCCCCACUGCGAACAUGAGCUCCUGGAGCGGCUGGACAGGGUGCAGAUCUGCCCAAGGGACAGGGCCCAGCUGCUGCCCGUGCUGGAGGAGGUGGGGCAGCUCAAUCCCCGGGAGAGCAGCUACAGUCUGAAGAAGGAGCUCUUCGGGCAGGUGCAGGAGGACUGGCUGGGCUACACGGCCGAGGAGCAGCAGCAAGUCAGGCAGCUCCUGCGCAGGAAACAGGACCACGGAGCUGUGGCCAGGCCCUUCUUGGUGCCUCUGGAGUGCCCGUCUUGCCAAGGUGCCAGCAGAAGGCCCUUGGGCGUAAAGCGACUGGCACUGCUGGAUGCCUUGGACCCACAAGGGCUGAAGAAACCCUGUGCCCAAGGGCACCCCCGCAGCUCUCUGGGGUCCCACCACAGUCUGCAGGAGCCUGGCCUGGAGCAUCAGAGAGCCCACAGCCAGCAGCAGCCAUGCCAGCUUCCCAGGCCCAGCGCAGAGCUGCAGAGCUCAGAGGAGGAGCUGAGCGACGGGGAGGGAGGUGAUGACUGGGAAGAGGGAGCUCUGCGCCUGGAGCAGCACCUUUCUGCCCUGCAAGACAGCAGCUCCCGGGUAAGCCCCCCGGCCUCCUUCGCUGAGCUCCCGGAUUACUGCCGGAAAUACAGAGCCAUCUGUUCAGUGGAGCAGCAUCACGCCUAUAUGGAGGCGUUCAGUGCGGAUUACGCAGAGUACCGGCGCCUCCACACCAGGAUCGGGACUGUGAGCAGGACAUUCAUACAGCUGGGAGCCAAAAUCAAAACGCUGCCAUGCGGGACGCAGGAGCACAAGGCAGUAGAAGACAGAAUCUUACAGGAAUACCGGAGGUUUAAGCAGACCUACCCCAGCUACAGGAAGGAGAAGGACCGCUGCGAGUAUCUUCACCAAAAGCUGUCCCACAUCAAGGGCCUCAUCCUAGAGUUUGAGAAGACAGGGGCUGCCUAGAGGAGCCUCCGGUGCUCUGAGCCUGCAGCCUUCCCACUGCAGGGAGCCGGGCCCUGCCUGUUCUCCUUUCCUUUCAGGGCGGGGAAGGAAGGGGUGGGGGUUAGCGAACUGUCCUGUAGUAGUACAGUAGUUGCAGUGCCCCAGCCU